AUGGGCCUUAGUUCGGAUUUGUUCGCUUUUGUCGUUUUCUUUAUCAAAGCACUAAUUUACAGCGUCAUGUGUGCGGAUACCAAAAAUCAGCUUGUCUGCUUAACCGAAUAUAGCUUCGCUCUGAGGCAACCGCUUAUGUGCGGUCGUGAUGACGGCUACCACUAUCGGAGGUUCGUGAAAGCAGUCCAGGCUGAAGAGACCCGUACGCAACUACCUGGCCGCUUUCGAAAUCGCGUUGGUUUCAUGCGCGUUUUCUCUGAACAGACAAUGGAGGACGCUCGCGAAAAAGACCAAGCGCUUCAAGAGAAAGAACACGCGUGGAACAAAAGACUUUCUGAGGAAGCAGAUGGAAUCAAUUUUCUCCUUGCUGAGAACGAUAGCAUGUUACAGAGAGCUUAUGAGCCAAGAUUCAUUUGGAUCAAAGAACAUGUGGAUUUCAACAUAACGGAUUCUUACUCACCAAAGUCUGAAAUGAUUCUUAGCGGAAAUACUACGCAUAGAGUUGCCCGUGCCAGUGUCGUGCCGGUGGAUUUGGCUUGGCACGGCAUUGGAAUGGCUUUGGCCCCAAAACUUCAAAUUUCCCAUCAGACUCCAAUAUGA